UCCUUCCUACCGCGUGCACACCCCACAUCGCCUCGUCUACUCAAGGAUGGCCGCCUCCUCAUCUUCGUCCGCAGAGGUCGCCGUAGAGGUCGCUGAUCCCCUCGUGCUCCUUCUUCAACACGCCGCUUCCCUACCCGACCUCACCUAUACAGAUUCAUCCGGUAACCCCACAUCCGAUCUUCUCACCUCUUCAUUUAUCCACUUUCCCUCACAACCUUCCGCGCCCAUCGCACGAGGCACAAGGACAAGAGUCGUCCGAUCGAGGAACAGCGUUGCUCUGCAGAGAUCAUCGGCCUCGACUCCAGAAGCGCCGCAAGAAGGACAAGAAGAUGACUUUAUGCCCUUGGAUGCUCUCGUCUUCCUGCUGCAGACACAGGGCGAUGCAGCUGGUAUCUACGUCGCCAAAGCAACCAGGGAGAGGGUAGCUCGAGUGGAGAUUCUGGAUCGACCUAGUCUCCUCGACUUACUGCUUGGCAAGAAGACGGAAUCUCAGUGCGAAGUCGUACUGAGCCAAGAAGAAUGUGCAGCCAGGAAUCGUAGGAGGGAGGCCGGUGCAGCAGCUGCUGCUCCUGCUUCAGGUCAAGAGGCAGUCACAGGGGAGCAAGGAGAUGCGGGUAUCUCGGAUGCAUCGCUCGUGGCCAUCAGCGCUGGACUGCAUCCCCUCCUCUCGACUAGCAAGCGUCCUUACAUUGCCUCUAAGCAGGACCAGGCGUUUGUCAAGCGCCUGAGAGCAAGCGAGGUGGUGCUACGCGACCGGACGUGGGCCUUUAGGUGUGUGAAGCCCAGCUCAGGCGGUGGAGCAGAUGAUGAUGAACAAGCAGAGAGGGCCAAUGGCGGAGGAGUUGCAACCGUCAUGAACGGCAAGACACCUGUGAGCAAGGACGUGGACUUCACUGGCCUGAGGAGAAGUGCAAUGGGAAGGGUCGCAGCUGUCAGGAAAGGAGCAGCACCGGGCGCCCCCUCUACAUCGUCCGCAAAAGGCCCGGUCCCUACCGCUCCCCCGGCAAGCAACUUGGGCAGAUCAGCAAAACAUCGUCGUCUGGAUCCUAUCAUCAUCCUGCCCUCUUCCCCUUCGUCACUCCUGACGCUUGCGAACAUCAAGCUGUUCCUGGAAGAAGGUCAAUAUGUGCCGGCAGGUUCUAGCUCCAUGCUAGCGCCCACUGGAGGCUCAAACGAGGUAGUCGUGAUCAACCGACCCAAGGGCGGCAGGUUCUUAGCCAUCGACAGUCUGGACGCUCUGAAUCGUCUGGGAGCUUCGCGAGAUGGGACAGGUAGCGAUCCAUGGAAGAGGGUUGUCUGCGUUGUGACUACUGGACAAAAGUGGCAAUUCAGGGGUUACCGCUGGGAGGAAGGCAGGGAAUUGUUCAAGAAUGUGUUUGGUCUAUACGCCUACUACAAGAACAGUCCGAAAGACCCCAAUGUGAGGGAGUGGAAUGUGACGGAGCUUCCGCUGGAACAGGACAAGCGCCAUCAUGAUCGUCAAGUCAGUGCGCACUUUUGGCGUCAGCUGGAAGGGUGGAUUCAGAGGAAGAAGCCUGAGCUAGCAUGAGAGGAGCGCUGGGCGGUGGGGCUGCCAGAGGUACUAGCAUCUAGGGCAAUCUCAAUUCAAUGGUAUCAAUGUACGAUGCUUGUGAUUUUCGAUGAGUGCGCCGAUUCGAAGCAGUGGUGGUGGUGGUGGUGGUGGUGCUGUGUGUCUACAUAAUACAAUGCCGCGAUCUGUGCGGGGUAUGGGUCCUUGUCGUCGUCUAGCAUGCUGAACCCCCUCUCCCAAACCCAAUCUACGAGAGUACCUUAUCGGCCUCUCCCCUAUUUGCACUCGCCUCAUCCUGUCUCUGUCUAUACCGCUGCAACAACUUCUCCCUCUCCAACAAUUUCCACUUUUCAAUUUCCGCUUCACUAGCCACCAUUCCCUUUCUACCCAACUCUGUUCUAGCUCGAUC